AUGACGCUCAUUCGCACCUUUGCCGUUGCCCUCGCCCUGGGCGCCUCGUCGGCCCUCGCGCGCACCGAUCUCGCCGGCUGCACGUACACCGACCUCGUCAUCCAGGCCACCCAGCAGGCGGCCUACGCCAGCCGCCUCUACUACGUGCCCGACACGGGCGAGGUCUGCGACUUCCUCGACUGCGGCGGCGGCCGCGCGCCGCCCAAGUCGACGGUGCCCGGGUGCCCCGACUACACGGGCACGGAGACGUACCAGCCCUCGUACAUCAACCCCAAGACGCUGGGCAACGGCGUCAUCGCGGCCGGCCACAGCGUCACGCUCGCGGCCGCCCCCGUGGCCGCCACCACCGGAGGAACUGCGGCGUCCGACGUCGUGUCCGCGAUGACGACGGCCAGCUCAACCACGUCCUCGGUCGAGGAGGCGUCGGUCACGAUCUUGACGGGAAGCGCGUCUUCGGGCGCAUCUUCGGAGGCAUCCGUCACCAUCCUGACGGGGAGCAACACGAGCGCGCCGUCCCAGAGUGCCUCGAGCUUGGCGCAGACUACGAGUGCGCAGUCGACCAGCGCGGCGUCGGCGAGCAAGAGUACGGAGUCGACCAGCGGCACGGCCAAGACGACAACUCCCAGCUCUGCUGCUGGAGCCAUGCAGACUGUCGGGGCUGUUCUCGGCCCUUGCGUCAUGGCCGCCAUCGCUGCUGGACUCGCUUGA